CAUCCGUACUUUCAUAAUCCGGCGUUUCCUUUUCAAAUAUUUUCGAUCGUGCAAAACGUUGUUACGGCGAAGAAAAAUUGUCGCCGGAAUUUAACGAUUACCGACGCCACUGUUACAGAUCAAUCUAUCGAUAUCAGAUAGAGAAUUGCUGCGUAAUAAAUCUAGAAAGACAUCAUGCCGGUUCCAGCGAUCCAAAAACCAGCCCCUGCUUUCAAAGGCACAGCGGUUGUAAAUGGAGACUUCAAAGACAUUUCUCUCUCCGAUUACAAAGGAAAAUAUGUCGUUCUGUUCUUCUACCCGUUAGACUUCACGUUUGUUUGUCCAACCGAGAUCAUCGCUUUCUCCGAUCGCUCUGACGAGUUUGAAAAAAUAGGCUGCAAGCUGAUCGCAGCGUCGACCGACUCUCACUUCAGUCAUUUAGCGUGGGUGAAUACACCGCGCAAACAGGGUGGUCUUGGCGAAAUGAGCAUUCCUCUUCUCGCCGACAAAAGUUCAAAAAUCGCACGCGACUAUGGCGUGCUCGAUGAAGAGACCGGUGUUCCAUUCCGUGGUCUCUUCAUCAUAGACGAUAAACAAAAUCUACGUCAAGUCACUAUCAACGAUCUACCGGUUGGCAGAUCCGUCGAUGAGACUUUACGUUUGGUUCAAGCAUUCCAAUUCACCGAUAAACACGGAGAAGUAUGUCCGGUUGGUUGGAAACCAGGAAAGAAAACAAUGAAGCCCGAUGUCGUCGGCUCAAAGGAAUAUUUCAAGGAUUCGUAAACGAAGCGAAUAAAUAUAUCCAUGUACUUUUCUGUCUUACUUACGUCUAUUGUAUUUUGUUCAUUAUGAAAAACCAACUGUAAUUCCAUAAUUAUUACUAGAGGAAGGGGAAGUAGUAAUAUCUUAAAUGUCAACUGUUUUAAUUUCUUACAAUAAAUAGAUGUAUUUUGUAUGUCCUUA